CAGUCGGGCAGAGGUCUGCGUGCACAGAGCCACAGCUGGAAUCAACCCACAGGACGAGUCGACGGCCGUCAAAGUCUUAGCGCUUCAGAGUUCCAUCACUGCGCGUAGCGAGGGCUUUCUGCAGUGGUUCCUGAAUUAGGCGCCUCGUCGGAAACGUCGGGUUAUUUUAGUUUUUUGUGUCAUUAUUGUAAUUGGUGUAUUGUGGUAGAGCAAUACUUAGCGGCGGCAGCAUCAACAACAUCACAUCUGGUGCCGCGAAAGGGUCUUUGUCCCGUGUCAGGUCUCACAACUCAUCAGUGGCCACGUGUGGUGUGUCGCUGUUGUUUGCAGCCCAGCCUAUCCCCAACCACCGCAGAACAGACCCAAUCCUAUCUCAGCAAAGUCCAGUCUGAACUCAUCUCCAACCCAGACCAGUCCUAUUCUAAGCCUCUAGCGGUCUUGCCUAACCAAGAAGCCGAGUGCAAUCCUCACUCAAUCCCCAGCUCGAUCUCAUCUUCAGCCCAGGCUCUCUACCUCAGCUCCCCACAUCCUUCCCAGGCCACCGGUUAGCCAUGGAACGCCUCCACGGCGGAGAGGUGUCCGUGAUCCAGCACGUGCAGAGCGUCUUCAGCGGGCAGCAGCACACCCUCGACUUCAUGUCCAACGUGGGUGACAUCCGCACGGCCUUCCUUGUCUACUUCCCCAUCUGCUUCUACCUGCGCCGUGACGUGGGCAUCAGGAUGGUGUGGGCGGCCGUGCUGGGAGACUGGGUCAACCUCAUGUCCAAGUGGAUCCUGUUCGGACAUCGGCCUUACUGGUGGGUUCACGAGACCACCUUCUACGUGAACAGCACCGUGCCCUACCUGCAGCAGUUCCCCAUCACCUGCGAGACGGGCCCAGGCAGCCCGUCGGGCCAUGCGAUGGGCUCGGCGUGCGUGUGGUACGUGAUGGUGAAGGCCCUGCUGGACUCGCGCGCCGUGGCGGCCCGCGGGCCCGCGACCCGCCGCUGGCUCGGCGCGGCGCUCUGGAGCGCCUUCGCCGUCGUGCAGCUCGGGGUCGGCAUCUCCCGGCUCUUCGUCGCCGCGCACUUCCCACACCAAGUCCUGCUGGGAGCGCUCGCCGGCAUGGCGGUGGCCGACCUCUUCGGCUCCGUGUCCUGCAUCCACGACGCGCCGCUCUCGCGCUACGUGGGCACCAGCGCGGCGCUCUUCGCGCUGGCGCUGGGCUUCUACCUGGCGCUGCUCGCCGUCGGCGUCGACCUGCUGUGGACCGUCGCCUUCGCCAAGAAGUGGUGCCUGCACCCCGAGUGGGUGCACCUGGACAGCACGCCCUUCGCAGGCCUCGUGCGCAACCUCGGCGUGCUGGCGGGCACGGGGCUGGCGCUCAACUCGGGGCUGCAUCGCGACGCGCUGGCGGGGGCCCGCGGCGAGGCGCCGGCGUUCCGCGCCGCCUGCGCGAUCGCCGCCGUGGUGACGCUGAGGCUGUACGACGGGGUCAAGGUGCCGAGCGACGACGAGCUGGCGUUCUACGUGCUUACGUUCUGCAAGAGCCUGCUGGUGCCGCUCAGCGCGCUGGCGCUGCUGCCGUACACGCUGCGCCACCUGCUCGACGCGGGAACGCGCCACCACAAGCUGGCCUAGGCCCCCGCGGGCGAGCGGGGGCGGCUUUGUAGGCGGUAGAGUUGCCUGCGCUCUCUAAAUAUCGGAUAAAAAAAUAAACGGGACUUAUUAUAUAGGAGGGAGUACGUGCGGCAAUGCCGGAGAGAGAGGGGGGGGAAGGUAAACGCAUUGUCUCGGGGUGUACCGUUGUCAGACAGCUGACAAAAGCCAGGACUUCUUAGUGUUAUUUUUUUUUGUUCUGGAACGACCGACAGAUUACCCCGGACAGCUUGUCUCAAAAGAAAAAACAGAGGGGGCGAUCCUGGGAAAACCAGGACGGGUGGCAACCCUAGCGGGCAGGCCUAAAGCUUCUCUCACCCUCGACGGCUUGGGCAGGGCUUAAUUCCUCACCGAAGUGGCCAGUGACGAGUCUAGACAUAGCCAUAGCAAGAGGUGUGCUGGAUCACCGGUAAGUUGAAGUAUUAAAGUAGGCUGCACGAGACUAAUCGUUGCCAUCGCGGCAGGAGGUAUAUUGGACUCGGUGUGCCGACUGAAUGUAAUCCCCGAGCGCGGGAGAUCUUUAGAGUGGCAUCAGGGGUGGGUGGUUGAGAGAGGACGUCUCCGCUCAAGACCGAUCGGAGAGGGGACACGGGGAGCUGAGAGAGGAGCGGGGAAUUCCCCCCCCCCCCCCCGUUUGUUUUGUAACCCAACAUCCACGCCAUCGCCCUCCGGCCGGGCCCCCCAAUGGGGGACCCUAGCGGAGUUGCACCGCCUGCACACUCGACAAACGGCCACGGCCGCCGUCGGGGACGGGUGGAAAAAAAACGGAGCGAGCGAACGAGGCAAAGACGACGGAACGGGAAAAAAAAGAAGAAAGCGUAAAUCGAUUGACACGGUCGCAGGGAGAUGCAACGGACGAACUCAAAGGAGGAGGGCGGUGGCCAUGGAACUUUGCCGACUUGAGGGCACGUGCUCGUGCACGUGCACGCGACGCAGGGCACCCGCGCGUGUCCGGCGUUCUUCGUUUCUCUCCCCGUCGAGCAAAGCGUCUGGGAGCUGUGGCAGGGCUGUUAUCGCACUGUUGCUGAGGACCCGGUCCCGGCCCCCUCCCUCGAAGUCGACUCGGCCUUGAGCGAGUACCCCGGUGUGAUGUGAAAUCAUCAGCGCUGCGGAAAGGCAAAAGAUUGCCGGGCAUGGUGGUCGCCAUAUCGCCCACCGGUCGGGGCCUUGCCAUACUCACAGUGGUGUUCGCUCACAGCGCUUGCCCCAACAAGUCUGUUCAAAGGCUACAUGGGGAGGUGAGGGGGGUGAUCUUUGUCUUUGUGUGGCAUUGGUUCAAGAGACCAAGAUGAGCGAGAGAGACGGAGAGAGGGGGUUAAAUGCGUGUCCCCGACACUGUUUAGUUAAGCUAGAACGUAUCUCAGUGAAACCCGGGUAAGUGCCGGGCUCGUGUGUUGAUGCGAUACGUUACCUAUACUCGUGUUUUUGCGACGUUGCCUUAUUAAGUUAAGUUAUUGUGGUGUAAUGCAAAAGCAGCUAUCGAAUGUACUACACGACUUUGCGAUUCCAGGACAAUGCACAAAAAACAUGCGUUUUAAAAUCGUGACGAAUUAUUUCAAAACGUACUAAAUAAAAAAAUGUUCUAUAUUUACGACGGUUUAUAAGCCUACGCCUUCACGACACAGUCCCAUCAUUUGCAAUCAAUAUUAUCGGCCCGGAUACAAUGCUGACUUUUACAAAAUAAUAUUUGGCCAAAUAUCACAACCAGAACCCCUAUUGAAAGCGAGUCUUAAUACAAGCACAGCAUCGCAUAACCGGCCGUCACAAAUCCACCCUGACCAAUUAACCGACCACACUCAGAGCAGCAUUGGUACGUGGUUGUUCACCGAUCUGACCUCUUUCACCACCGGCUCUGGGCUGUCAACGGAAGAUGAGCAGCACCAAUGCAUAGAUGCUCGUUUGAGCAGGGAAAUCAAUAUUAGCCAUGAUCAUUCCACUGCUGGAUGAAGGCUUCUCCCAAGCCACCAACAGGCCUCAGUCCUCUUGAGCAAUGCAAAGUGAUUAUACUAGUCCUGUACUUUACUGAAUCGAUUGUGCUGUUUGUGUUAACGAAUUUUGUUGUUGUUGAGCGUUUAGAGUUAAGGACACGCUACAUCGAGUGUGUUAGGUCAUCGCGGACGGUUCAUAAUGAGGCCUUUGCCACCACUCGCAUAUAGCGCACAGUAGGCAUCGGCCGUCGUUCAAUUGUUUGCGAUCUUUUCGGAUUUCAGAUGCGAGUCUGAAAACUCACUCAAGCGUAACGGCAAUAAUUCUUCCCCGCGAGCGCUUCCAGCAUUUGAUUUGUCCGUGCCGUGGUGUCGCGGUGAGUCCGCCGGAAAUGCAAAUCCAGGGGUCGCCAGUUCUACCCGAUCUACCGGCACGGAAGCUGUGGCUUUUGUACGUUCAACUGCUUUCGCACCGUACGUAGCCCAAACGCGCUAAUCGGAGCUGCGGGGGAAGGUCAACACACACAAAAAACUGUCAAAAAAGUUUUCAAUCUCGUUGAAACAAUGGUGCAAUUUUCCUUAAAUCCCGCACACUUCACACCGCCACCUGUCCACUCUACAGUUAUCAUAAACUGCGUACACGACAGUUUAUUUUGUCGGCAGGUGCUGGGGUAAAGUGUGGGUUGUUGGGUUGUAGCUCCUACCUUCUCCGAGAUCUGACCGGUGCAUAAAAACUUGGGGAUGCAAAUAUCCUCGCGUUUGAGCGCCCGAAAUCUUCCCUCUACUCGGAGGCCCUUCCGCCAGCAGCAGCGUGAGGGAGCAAUUGCGGGGGCUGCGCCUUAACCCAAAUCAAAAUAAGCGAGGGUUUAGUGCCAUUUGCGGUUGCAACUGGCAGCUCAAGUGAAUAUUUGCCGCGUAGAAAUUAAAUUAGAGCACUAACACACUUAGGGACUUCCAGAUUGAACGAAAUCUAGCAAAUGCAGUUGUUGUCGUCGUUGCCUCACGUGCCGUCUGUACAAUGGUCGUUGUGGCGUUGUUGCUUCUGCUGCUGCUGUUGUUGUUGCCGACUUCACGGAGAUGCACUUCGUUGCCAAUUUCAUUCAAAUAAAAAACACAAAUCCUC